AUGUGCAAAAAUGAAAUCAGAACCGAGGAAGCUUGCUGCGAACGAGCCCUUGCGCGUUGCCUGCGCUGGCAAAAGCAACGUGAUCGCAAAGCUCGGCGUUGCAGACAUAAACGCAAAGUGCGCGGGCAGCAAGAGCAUAUAACCACGACUUCCGGUGUCACCCUGAACUCGAUUGACCUGAACUGCACGGCCUUUGUGGGACACUCGGCCGUGAAGAGCACGACGGACAAAUGCGAAAUUGUCGGCGAUUAUAUCAUCAUUAAUAUUGGUUUCCAACUGGCCGACGGAUUUUACACCUUAAUCAAAACUUGCUUCGACGAGAAGAAUAGAGACGCUAUUUAUUCCAAAUAUCUAGAAACUCCGUCGAUCGCCGGUCAAAAUACAGCUGAGACUCGCCCUGCAUUUGUCGAGGGCAGCUUCUACCCUGAAUUUACCACCGACACCAAAUAUUCAAAGGCGACCCAAAAAACCACCUUUGGCCAAAUCUUGGGCUCGUCCACACUGGGCACCACGUACAUCAAAGACGUCGAUUACUAUCUGGCCCGCGGCCACUUGGCUGCAAGGUCCGAUUUCAUUUACGCCACCCAGCAACGGGCGACGUUCUGGUACGUCAACGUUGCCCCUCAAUGGCAGACCCUGAACGGUGGAAAUUGGAACACCCUUGAAGACAACAUAAGGGCAUUUGUGGUCCGCUAUGGACGGGAUAUAGUGGUCUACGUUGGCACCCAUGGCAUCGCAACCCUUCCUGACGCGAAUGGACAGCAGAAAAAUCUGUACCUGCACUUCGACCCUACCGGCGCGACAACCCCCAAAAUUAAAGUGCCGGAGGUUUUCUGGAAGGUGCUUUAUGACAGUUCGUCGAAGAGGGCAAUCGUUUUUGUGGGCUACAACAACCCGUACAAGACCUCCUACACGAAGCUCUGCACUGACGUGUGUAAUCAGGUUGCAUGGCUCACCUGGCAACCUACAAACCAAAAGCUUGGCUUUGCAUACUGCUGCGGCUUAAAUGACAUCAGGAAAAACGUACCCAGCAUUCCACCCCUGGACGUUACUGGUCUUCUUUUCUAAAAAAAUAACCUUUUUGAUGUUGCUCUAAUUAUUGAUGAAAAAUUAUAAAUAAAACAAUUUAGGAGGGGAAUUACUCAUAAUUGAUGAAAACGCAUAUGUAUGAAUUUAUAAGAAAACGUAUAAACAAUU